CCUCGGAGCUGGAAUGAAAUACUUGAGGAAAGAGGGAAAUUCACCGAUGUUUCUCCCAUGGAUUUGGAUAUUUUACGAACGUUUAUAAACGCGGGGGUCAACAUGGCAUGAAGGUCCAUCGGUAGUUUGUUUCCGUCUUAAAUUCUUUGAGGUAAGCUGAGAAACUCUGAUGAAGAUGCUUUUUUUAAUUAAGAGGAAAACAGUGAACAGUCUGACACUGCUCUGCUUUGAAGGGUUCAUAUGUAAAUGUGUCACACACUUUUACAAGCUUUUACAAUAAUUAAAUUCUACCAAUGACAAAGUUUUAUUUCUAUUUGAAAUGAUGCUCCCAAGAAAAUUUUACAUUAAUGUUAUUUUUGCCAUUUUUGUUUGCCAUGUUUGGCUUUUACAGCUUUAUUUAAAAUGUUUAUAAUUUUGCGUAAGAACUACAAUACCCUACAUACAGUUAAAGACAUAAAUAUUGUAAGUACAAGUAUCCCAUAGACAGGUUUAAUUGGACCCACCUUAUUUUAACCUUAACUGUGAAAGAGUUGUCACCUGGACUUCAUUUGAUAACAGUUUGAUCCAGACAUAACAGAACACUUGUAUUAAAAAAAAUAUAGGGCAAACAGUAUGACUAAAUAGUUGAAUUUGUGUUUACUUUUAAUCCUCCCCAAAGUGAGUAGAGUGAAUUAUUCCCAUACAGUGGAGCUCUGGAUUGUAUUUUACUGGAACAGUAGUUCUGUGGGUUUUACAGAUGUUUGUGAUGGUCCAGAGGGAAACAGACAGUAGUCUGUUCUCGCUUAACAUUGACUCAUUCAACAGGAAGUGAGACAGAGAGAUAAUCACAGAGACAAAAAGAAAGUCGGAGUCAGGGUCCUGGGGGUUAAAUAGCCUUUAAUGUUCGCCACCAACCACAUCCUUUUAUCAUUGCUGAAGAAUGACGCAGACGGAGAUUAGCAAGCAUUGUUUGUGUCCUAUUUUAAAGAAAAUUAAGAAAAAAGACCACCCUUUUAAGUUCUUGUUAAACUAUUUAAGCAUGGCCUAACAGGGAAAUGUUUGGUCUUUGUACUUUGAUAAAACUGUAACUUGUAUUGGUGGAAUAUAACAUCACAACUAUGAAAAGCCUUCACAUUAAAGCAUAUGUCACAUAUAGUUUUUCGGGUAUAAAGACGAGCUGCUUGGGCUCUAGUAAAAGGAUGAAUGCUCAGUAGCUUCAGUGUUCUGAAACCAACCCCCUCUUACUCUCACCUCACACCAAAGUAGAGAGAAAAAGAGAAAAAAUGCAAGGAUACAAGAAUUUAGAGAGUUGUGAGAAAGAGGAAGAGAAGGCAGAGUCCAAGGCCCUGCAGAGUUAGGCUGCACGCUAUACUUCCACUCCUGCUUAAUGAUCAAAUGUUAUUAUUCAAUCCAAUUAUAUAUUAUUAUUCUGUGUAUUUGUGUUGUUUUGUUUUGAGUGAUGAGAGGUAUUUUCUCUGCUUUUCUGUUUUGAUGUUUACCAGAGAAAACAGGCAGCCAAAACCAGCCUGUAAAAACCAGACUCUUCCACAUGUUUCAGUCUCUUUGUGAGCUGUCCAGGCUGUUAAUGAGAGGUUAUAACUCAGAGAAGAGAGAGCUGCUCUCAUCCAGCAGAGAUGCUCUACUGUCCUUUUAUCUCUCCUUUCUCUCUCCCUCUCUCUCGCUGUCUGUCUGUUUUUCUACCGCCUGUUUUUUUUUUUUUCAUCACAACUGGAAAACAUGAUGCGAGCCCCUCUGAGGGAGGUUCGUUGAGGUGGUUUGGAGCUGUUGUGGUGUUUUUAGAGGUAAUAUGUCUGUUGAACAAACCAGUUCAGCUUAGUUUUUUAAAAAAUGAAGUCACUGCAAAGGCUAAUCUACGGUGUGCCUAAAGGAACAAAUAUAACACUCUAUUAAAACACCUACUCUUGUUCAUGACACAGUCUGAAUCAAUUUAGUUCUACCUUUAAACAAACAGGUACAUGAUCUACUCAUUAACAGAAGCCGUAAGACUUGUAAUUCAUCAGUUUUUGUCUUUAGUUUGUUUUGUGUUAUUUCUACUUUUUUUUUUCUUUUUUGUCUGUUUUAAUUUUGUUCUUGUUUGUUGGUCUUUGCCAUUGUUUCUGUAGGCUGGAACAUUGGUGCCCUCCCUACAUUAUCCUGCCAUAUGGUCACUCCCUUUGUGAAACACAUCUCUUGGUUAAUGAAGAAGAAAAAAAACAUUAGUUUGAACCUUUAUUGGUUCCAUUCCGUUUUUUGGAUGGAUUAAUGAAUGAAUAAAUAAUAUUUAUUUGAGGUCAUUAAUAUAGAAGGUACAAAACAUGCUCAGUUUGUGUGAAUGUUCAACUUGAAAAAUAAAACACAGUAUAUCAUAUAUGGCAUUAUGAGUGAAUAAUACAGUAUAUGUAGUUGUUUCUUUUUUAACAGAGCUUUUAUUUCGAAAAGUAUACCAAUAGACUUAAAUAGUUUUCUUAUGAUAUAAUCAAUGUGCAGUUUCUAGUGGGGUUUAUGAUCUAUCGCAACUCCUAAAAUUCUAAUUUCCUAUACACUUUAAUUCUCCAAACUGUAUAAUUUUAGUUUUAUAUCCAGUUAAUUUAGGUUUAUCUUUAUUUAAUGAUAAUUGAUUAUCAAACCAUGUUUCUAACUGUAUCAGCAAAGACUGCUGCUUUCAAUAAUUCUUACAUGUCCUCACCACAACAAAGUAAAGUGGUAUUAUCUGCAAAUGUUCCCAAUUUCAACUUGUCAGGCACUCUGGAUAUAGCAUUUAAAAAGAGUAUGAAUGAGUUGGGUCCCAGUUCUGAUCCCUGUGGAACACCCCAAGUAACUCUUCUUAACUAUGAUAUGUGUGCAAGUUCUGACAGCCCCGUUUAUAGAUACAUAGCACACACAAAAAAUAAAAUAUUCUUGAAAUAAAAGCAGAGGGUCUAUUGAAAUAUCAAAAUAAUACUAAAAUUAUCAACCUUUGUCCCUAAUAUGUAUUAAAUGAAACAGCGAAUAAAUAACAAUACCACCUGCAGUAAGUUUGAUCCCUGAUAGGAUAUAUUUCAUUUGAAAGGUCAAGUGCUGGCAAAAGAAAACUAAAGCUGUACUUUUCUGCAGUUUAUUGUAGUUAAAUUAACUAAUUUAUUUUUGUUCAAUGUUUAUAAUUUGUAAGAUGUGUUAAACUAGAUGUUUAUAUCUUUGUGGUUACCUGGUCUUUUGUUUCUGCCGCAUAUUUAGUAACACAUGUUUCAUGCUCUGUUUUAGAACUGCAACAAUUUCCUUAUUGACACAAAAUAAAAAUUAUAAUUACAUUAACACAUUUGACAAAACUAACAGUAACAAAGAAACUGUGCAUCUGGGACUUUUGGUAUGAAAACAGGGAUUAUUGAAUUUCUGCACAAACAUUGAACAGAUACUUCACUUGUUACCAGGCAGCGGGAUGACUGUAAUAUCACGUACAAUAUCUGUUUCUCAAUGCUGUGUGUGUGUAUAUGUGUCUGUGUGUUUUUAGAGGGGGGAGACAGCAUGGCGGAGGGAGAGGAGGCCAUGAGCCAGGAUGACUGGAAAGAGAAGUGUGUGGUCCUGGAGGCGCUCCUGAUGAAGUUCAGAGUUCAGAUCAUCAAGAUCAGAGAGCUCACUGCUGACAAGGUUUGUGAGAGAGAACCUCCAACUGUUAACCCGUUUCUGACCAUUUAUUGUUUCAUUAUCAGUGCUGCUGAUGAGAAGAAACUUGGUUCUCUUCUGAGGGAGGGACAGUGUUCAGUCUAAGUCUUAAAAACACAAUAAUACAGACCAACUAAUUUAAGCAGUCUCAGUCUAAUAACGUCUAUGUUUUUAUGUCACAGUGUGUAAAUUUACAUUAUCAGGGCAUCGUGGAACCAUGAGAGACACAAUUGCAACACACAAAGUGGGAGCUCAACAUACACACACUUGAACAUGCACACACACACACAAUAUUGUCCCCCCCUCUAGCUCUGACAUUCUCCUUUCAAUACCCCCCACGCACAGCCAUCGAAGGUGGCUCAUUCCACACAAGGCAUAACAACAGCACACCUUGAACUGUUAAUGAGAACCUUAUGGUAACAGGAAUAGGACCCUAACGCAGACUAAGGAUCGUCAUUGCAGGUUUCAUGAAUUGUGUGUUUAUGUAGCAUAGCUUAAUGAAGAGACUCAGCAUGGUAGUGGGUUUGAUACCCAUGUGCUGUGAGGUAACAUAACUGUUUCUGUCAGUGACUUCUUUAGGCCUUGGAGAAGAAAUGUCAGUACAGCUGUUUCUGGAAAAAAAAAUCAGGAAAAACAAGACUCUUAAGUAGAUGUGCUUUGAUUCUAAAUUAAGCUACAGCUGGUGCAGUCUGUUUUGUGGCUAGUGGUUUAGGAAAUCUUUUGAUAAAAUUUCUAAAAAUCUAGUCCCUCCUCGUCAUGUAGACCAUAAAAUAUUUAAAUUGAUGCUCACGUUUCAAAACACUAAAAAUCUCUUCUCAGUUGUACCCAUCAGAUGUGAUGUAUGGGACCCUGAGACUUUCACAUGUGUUUCGUGGGCUAUAAAAAAUCCACCAAAGCCAGCCCUUCUUCCAAGUCUUUCGAGGAGUUUGUUUUGCUGUCCAGCUGAGCUGACUCUGACUCUGUAAUUGACUGGAGCUGGGUCAAUCCCAUGAUGUAGUGCGUUGCGGAGCCCUGUGGUCAGACUGCUGUUUACAUUAGAGCUCUAAUCAGCCUCCCUGGAGAGCAGCUUCAGAUCUAGGCCACUGAACAGUUUGGGCCGGCCCCGCUCAGGACAACUGGGAGGGACGGGCCGCCACCAGACACACCACAGAGCUCUGUUUGAGGGUGGAUAAACUCCUAUACUUAUGAGCGCCACAUGAAGGACUUUUUUAGUUCACAUCUUUCUGGGCGCAAAGGUUAAAUCUACCGUCUGUUUAUGGCACUGACCAUUUGUUUUCCUCAUUAAGUCAAUAUUAUUCUGUAAAAUCUGUUUUUUGAGUCAGAACCUUUUCGAUUAGACCCACAGUAUGGUCGGUUUAAUACUUCGCAAUUUUAUCUUUGAUAACCAAACCCAUCUGGUUCUUAUUUGAUCCAACUAAAUCAGUGCUACUUCAUAUCUCAGCUGAUGAUGCCGUGAGCCGAUAGACAAAAACCUUCAAUCUGCACUAGUUCUGUAUCAGAAAUGUGAUUUAUGGAGUGGCAGCAGGAGUAAAAGAGCCAGCUAUCUUCAGUCCCAGCUGGUAUUGCAAUGAUAACAGAAGUAGGACCCAGAUGAAGAUAAAGAAUGCAGAAUGAUUACACCAAAGGCAACAUCCAGGUAGAUCAACAACUCCUGAGUUCUGUCAGAUUAGUUUGGCAUCUUUGAAAUAAAGCAAUGUAAAGGUCUUCCUCCGUGGUGAUCCUUCUGACAUGUUUUUAGACACUUAGAAAACUUAUAUCUAAAGAAAACAAGGACUUAUAUUAGAUUGACAUUGCUAGAUCAAGUAUUUUGUGGCAGCCAUUACUCUGCUUGUUUUCCUGCUGCUAGCUGAAGAGAUCUAAUAGAUCCAGUUAAGAAACUAUUGAUGUUUUUUCCUCAGUAAGACCUGAAAUUAUGUUUUAAAAAAAAAAUUAGGACCCAUGUAAGAAAAUUCUUGAAAUCACAUUUAAAACAAGUCCACUCUGAGGUAAUAAAUAGACCAUUUCACUCAGAAUAAGACUCUGGUUUCAUUUCUCUCCCUCAGUGAUGUUUACUCAGUGUUAAUUUAGCAAAUUGGAGGUCAGUGUUCUUUUCUGUAAUUUGCGCCCGCUGAAAUUUCAACUUGUUGGUUUGGCUCGUCUGUUUUUAAACUGAGGUUAACAACUCGUAGUGUGAGACUGUUUGCUCAGUACACUGUGAUACAUGAUGGGUGUGUUUGUUGUAAAUCUGAUGAAGAAUAGCACUAAUCUUCUCAUCUUUACCACAUGCUGACUUGGUUCCCAGGAUUCAGAGGUCAGCGAGAGUUGAACAGACUUUCUCAACAAGCAAUAGCAACGAAUUCAUACUCUUGAAGAAUACACUGUAAAACAAAAGAUCGUAUCCGGUUUUCUUCUGUAUGUACUCGGAUAAUCAGCAAGGAGUUUAGUGAAGAGAUUUAAGUUUAGUAAAGUUACAUAAAGAGAUACUAAUGUCACAUUUGUUUGAAAUAGACCAUGAGACAAAACACCCUGCAACUCCAUCCAGAUAAAAUGAAGUGAAUAUGACACAAAAAGAUUGAUUUGCACCUGCAGCAGACAAAAAGCUGUAGGUAUUUUUUUAAGUCCUAAGCUGUGGGGGACAGGUAUUAAAAUAAAAAUGGUAUUAUUAUUAUUAUUAUUAUUAUUAUUAUUAUUAUUAUUAUUAUUAUUAUUAUUAUUAUUAUUAUCAUUAUUAUUGGCCAUCCAUGGGGAAAAAAUUGAUAGGGACUUAUGGAUUUCUCUCCAGCCAUUAUAAAUCACUGCUAUUAAUAAUUUCAAAUGUAUCCCAAUGACCCGGUAUGACACUCUGCUCUCAUUUGACACUCUGCACAUUACAUUACUGCCCACUCAUUAAGUAUAUCCCAGAUAACUAAGUACAAUAUCCUCUAAAACUGUAUUAAUGUGGGUCACCGAGACACAAGUCAGCUGAGUGAUGUAUUUGUGACUGAAGUUGAUGAAAAUCCUCACUCCCAGGAGAGAAAGCUUACAUGAAAAUGAAAAGAGACUUUAAGAAAAUAAACUUGCGUACAGUCUUUGUGGAUGAUCCUUUUGUUUGUUUAACUGCACAUUAAGUCAGAUUAUUUGAUUUUGGCCUCAGCUCUGAUCAUCCAAAAACAUCAUUCUAGGUUUAAACUAAAAAGGAAAGAUCAAUAUGAGCAUUGACUGCAGUAGUCGAUACUAGAUGGUGUUGGUCUCAAUUGGCUUUUAUAGAUUGCCCAUUUGAUAACGGAUAUUUAAGCCUCUGAUGUGUCUCAUCUGCAGUGUGUAAUGCACGGAGUGUUAAAGGUGGGGUGAAGUUAUUCCACUUCAAAUCUUCGGAUGUCAUAACAAAAGCAUAAAGCAAAUGUGUAGUGACAGCAGAACUUUUUUACAGUGCUGAGGUAGUUAAGAGCGGUAAAAAGAUCUGUUUCGUGAAAACUGUGCAAGAGGUAAACUGUUUCAGGCAAUAUCAGUUUUGAUUAUAUAAAGAGUUGUGCACAAAUCCACACAAGGGGAAUGGCUGAGUUAAAAGACAAGAGGGUAGAUUUUAGUGAUCUUUAUUCCACUUCUUUGCCUGUUUCAAGUUUCAUUUAGUAUACAAUAUUUAACAAAGAGCCUUUUGUUGAAGGAGAGGAAAAUCCAGUAACGAACGUUUGUGCGACUUACUCAAACUUUUCAUUGGUUUAGGUGACAAUAGCUUAAAUACAGACUAUAACAUCCUAUGAGAUACAACCUCAUCACUUUUUUUUUCCUUCAGUGGGGAACAGUACAGACAGAAACACUGAAACCCCACAGGGGGUGGAGUGGCAUGUAGCGGUUUUCUCCUCUGGUUUAUUCCACAUUUGGAAAGAAACAAAACAUCCUCCAAGGUUGAAGGCGGGUUUUCCUGGCCCUUUGAACCAAUCAUGGAUCGAAUAAGUCACGGGCAAUAAAAACUUCAUAAAUUCUGAUAAUUUAUGAUAGUCUUUUACUCCAAAACACACAUACUUUUCUCAUGAAUACUCCAUGCCACACACAAAUAUCUACUUUUAUCCCCAAUCGGCGCAUAGAUGCUACAAACAAACUUUUAUGUAUCUCUCUAUCUGUCCUUAGUUUUUAUUUUAUCAGAUAUUUCCAAAAUAGUUGCAGCUCCAGUUUAACAUAGUGGGUGAGAUUAUUUAGAAAAAUGUUUUUGGCUGUAAAGCUGUAUAAUUUGUAGGUCAGCUCUGUGAGCCGUCUACAGAAAGAAGCAUUGUGAGCUGGCUGUUUGGCUGUGGAUGGAGGGAUGGAGAGAGGUGAGGUGUGUGUGUGUGUGUUGGGGGUGGAUGGAGUUCAGGGGGAGGUUGGCCAUAGAGAGCCAGUUGUGGAAUUCUAGGAAUGAAAGCAGAGUUCAGAUCUGUGGAGGGAAUCAACUGUGGAGGUGAUGGAGCGUUUUCAGAGGUCACGUGUACGUUUAUGUCUCUGUGUGUGUUUGAGGAGAACUCACAUGUGUGUAGGUGCAAAAUGCAAUACAGAAGUAUUUUUUAGAAUUACCAUAAUAUAAACCUGAGGGACUUCAUGAAAACACAGUGUGAAAACAUAGUGUUUCUUGUAGGUGGAGCUUUACAUCCUGCUUCUCACAGAGGGUUGAGUGUCUGCUGUGCGUUUCUGUCGGCUCCCAUUAGAUCUUCUUGAUGCUGCGGGGUGUGCAAUGCUAAAAGAAAAUCAUGUAUUAAAAUUUUUAGAGUUUCCGCUGAUAAAGGUAUUUGACAGUAUUUAGCAUCCCUCACAGGAUGUUUGCCAUACCUUAACAGGAGUGUUUUGGGGGUUAAAGGUAAAUUUCAGGACUUUCAUAGACUGUAUAUAGAAUGGACGCCGUCUGCCUCCUCGCUGGGUGAAGCCACCCCGAGAACAGCACCCUCUGGUGACGGGCUGCAGUAUAGGUCAUAAAUCCUGCCUCCUCCAGCAAUCCCUAUGGAGCUGUGGAAAAACUUUAGAAAUUUAUUACGCAGAAUAUAAAAGUUUUCUCCCCCUUCCUUUUGAUGUUGACAUGUAGUUAUUGUAAGACUGGUUUGUGCUCAAGUCUUUUUCUUUCUGUACAGCUCCAUUUUAAAAAGUUAUUAGGGGGUUCAUGUUUUCUAUGACUGACACUUGAUGCAGCCUAUGGGCGUACAAAGAUUGUGUAGCUCACCAGGGCGAUACGCUGUUUGAGCCGAGCAUCAUCACAGCAACUCUCGGCGACUUCCCCGCCAAAUGCGUACAAUGCUACUGCGCAAGUGGUGGAGGGCAUACAGCGCUACUGCACAACAUUACUGCGCAAUGUUGGUUUCAGAAUGUGGAGAAAAAAUGCAGAAUUACCGAGAGCUUUUUUUCUUCAAAUCCUUAUUCUGGCGAAGGCGGAACCAAGUUGUCCAUGGUAUAUACAGUCUAUGGUUCUACCCCUUUGAGGAGACACUGCUGGGGGAACCAGCUUGCACGCUGGGCUAUAAUUUCCUGCACACAGUGCCAAGUCUGCCACUUAAAGACCCCAGCCCAAGCACACAUCUUGGGGUAAGUGUACCCUCCAGUGAGAGAAUUUUCAGCACUUUUCUUUGCCAUCCAAAAAGCCCAACUUCAGAAUAUAAUUGUCGUGGAAAAACAAGUCUCUCCACUGAAAAACAUUAGAUUGGACUUUUAUUGUGAAAAGCAUUACUGAAGAGCUGCCUUGCUGUGUUUUAUAUGCCAGUAACAUAUAUAGCUGUUACAAAGUCCAUAAAAUACUCAAAUUGUAAUUUUUCUGUUCAUUUUUGCUAAGUUCCCCGAGGAUAGUGGAAAAAAUGGGCAAGUGUUUCAUUCCCUCAAUUUGUGGCACAUGACGCAGGCAUGAGUUGCUCAUAAAUCAACAGCCCAGUCUGUUCUACUAGGUUUGACAAUAUGUGAUUGUGUUUGGACCCUUUAGGAGUGUUUUUCACAUGUUUUUGUAGAAUGAGUGACAUACUCAUAAUUGCAACAAAAUCAGCCUACAUGUGUGUAUAUAUUCUGAUAUUGCUGUUGCCGGGCUCAAGAUUGUGACUUCAACCUAAACAAGAGAUCUUUUCCUGAACCAGGCUAAACCAUGUUCAGUUCAGUUGGGAAGAGGACACACACCCAGGCCUCAUUCAGGCUAAAUAUAAUACCAGCCAGGCUCUCAUAAACAGCAGAGUAUCAUCAGCAUCAGACAAGAGUUUACGAGCUUUUAGAGGUUGUUAUGUCUGCUUUUCCGUGUGUGUGUGUGUGUGUGUUUGUGAGUCUCUGUGUGUUUGUGUGUGUUUGCAGUAUACAUGCUCUGUAAUUAACGUGCUACUCUCUGCCAAAUGCUAUAUCUGUUAUAGAGAGGCACAUGUGGUCUGUUGUUUGUGGUGCAGCAAAGGAUCUAUAUAGAGUGUGUGUAUGUGUGCAGAUGUCUGUGCGUGUGUGAGUUAUAUGAACUUCUUUACUUUUGCUUUGAUGGGAUUAGAAACAUGAGUGUCUUUAAUAAAAAAGUUAAUAGUUUUUUUGUGUGUGGAUUCAUCUGCAGUUUGUUACACUGAAGAAGUUUUCAGAAACGGAGCACAGAUGUCGUGCAUAAAAGUUGUUUUCCAUCUUUUGGUUUGUUUUGUUUUAUUUGUUUUGUUGUUAAAGUGCAAAAUUGUCACUAAAAUUGGAUUUUUGAGGCCAGGAAGGAGACUACUAAAGUGAUGGCUUGGAUAUUUAGAUUUUUUCACAUAAAAGAAUCAAUUUAACUCUUUAAAAGUGCUCAGAAUGCUUAUUUUUGAAGGGGAGAACUUUAGAGUAUUUAGUACUCUUAAAGAUUAUCAUUAGGUUGCAGUGCACAUCAGCAUCUGCUUGACUGUGCUGCUCUGCUGCUCUUUUGCAGACAGGGCUGAAAGGAUUUUAACUACAUGAUGGCACCCUUUCUGAAUCACUGCAAGCAUUUGGCACUGUUUUAUCUGCUGAACUAUAGAUCAUUUAGUUGUGUUGAAGUGUGUACAAAUGCAAACAACUUGAAAAUUGUUGCGAGCUCAUCUUGCAGACGGACCCAAAGUAAGCUUUUUAAUGUGCUUCUCAUGUGACUCCAGGGUGGAAUAUUCGCUGAUUGUGUUGAACCAAUAUGAGAAAAAAUAAUCCUAAAAUCAAUCUCACAAGAGUCAUGUGCAGCAAAGAAAAAGAAAAAGUUUGCUUUUGGUCUGAAGACAGCUACAGAGAAUAAACCAUACAGCCCAGUUUUCCAAUCAGAUUAACAUUAAGCCGUCAGAUUCUACAUUUAUCACAACAUAACAUUAUAUUUGCUCAGAGUAUCUCCUCAAACAGAUGUGAAAGCACUCAAUACACCCACAGAAGAUGUGUAACAGCUUGACCAAACUCAGGCUGUAACGUCAGACGGGACUUUAUAAAGGUUGUGCUUCCUCUGCGGUCGGAGCAGGUUGUGUGGUGGAAACACUGAGUGGCUCUGGCAGGGUGUGGCUGUUUCUGGACCGAGCUGAGUCCACUUCUUCUGGUCUCUGGAAGUGAAAAGCAGCAGAGGAAACCUGGAGUGUGGCCAUGCCAGUCUUGCACAGCUUGCAUCCACCCAGCAGCUAAAAACAGCUGCCGUCUUUCUUCACAGCAGUUUACACAGGAGUACAGGAGCAGCUUUUACUGCAGCAGAGUGUUAAUUUGUUCCCUCUUAUAACACGUAACAGAAACUCUGUGGACAACAAACGGCUAGGAAAAUAACUGUUAGUACGACAUGUGUUUGUUGGCUGUAAGCCUUCUCCACCAUCUGAACUACUCUGGAAGUCAAAAACUGAAGGAUUGAGUGGAAGACCGUAUGAAACGUAUUAGUCUAGAGAGCAUCAAAUUAGUUUUACUCAGUAUACUGUACCUUUAGAAGAUUUUAACUUAUAGGCAUCAAUCCUCGUUUGGAUCAUUUCGGUUUGAUUGAUAUUCACAGAUUCUGAUAUUUUCCUCAAUGAAACAGCUGCAUGGUUCAUACUUUGAGAUCAUACGGUUUCUAAAGUCAAUUCAACUCAUUUGAUUGACAGCCAAACCAUCUCCAUGUGAAUUUAACAGAAAGUAGUCUGCCUCCAGUCUGCUCCCAAUGUUUUGUUUUUGAAUUUUUACAAAAUAAUGUAUGAGAAAAAAAACCUCUCCGUAUUUUUUUUAGACUUCUCAAAGAGGGACUUUGUCUCUUUUUGAAAAUUGUGCAAAUACAUCUCAGCUGAGGUAUGCAGAUUUUAGCUGCUGUUUUUUUUUUUAGGUGUUUGGCUGUGGGCGGGGCUUAGCAGUGAAUUCAGUGAAACUAAGUAAAGUAAUAACAUCUGCCAUAUAAUAUGAACAUGUUGCAAAUUCUGAGCUUUUGUAAAACAAACAUAAAGCAAAGAAUCUGAACCCCAGUUUCUGUUACUUGAUGAAGAAUUAAUCACACAUUCAGACAACUAAAAACAAUACAAAUGUCACCUCAUGUAAUCUGAACGACAUAUUCCAAAUUACACAACACUCUCUUUAAGACUUUUUGUAGUGACUAUGCUGACCUGAAUUUUAGUCACUGUUUUUCUAGUACAAUCCAAUGUCCAGUCCAAGGUUGAUGUUGAAUUAUAUUUUUGCCAUUUAUUGAUUAAAUGAAAAAUAAACCAAAAAAAAAGACAAAUACGUCCAAAUUUCGACGAUGGUGAUGUACGUGAUGAGGGUGAGAGUGGUGUCGGAGAUUAGCGUUAAAAACCGUGUGCUCUUCCUGUUCCCCAGAUCACUGCUUCGCCUGCGUCCCUUUUGUAGCAUUUACCUGCCCAUUCAUCUGAAGUGCCCCUUGUGGUGAUUGUGCGAGUAACAAAACAAAAUCCAAAAAAUGAUUUAGAUAAAAUGUCUCAUACACUUUUGUAUCCAAAUGUUUAAUCAGUGAUCAGAUAUUUUGUUUACCCUGUGCCAUAUUUUAAGUUUCCUUUUAUAACCAAUGCAGUUUGUGUAGUCUCUGAUAUUAACCCAAAUCAAAUUACACUUUUCUGCUACUCUGACUUAAAACUCAAACUGUCCAAAAGCAGUUUUCUUAAAUGAAGUUGAACAGUCAUCUUUGCAGAUACAUUGGUCUUUCUUUUAUUGUUCCUGCAGCAUAACACAUGUUCAAGUGGUGGUGGUGCCUUAUCAUGUGUUAAUGGUUGCCAUAAAGGAAUCAUAAUAAGAACGUAAUCACCAGAUAGAUGGAAAACUUGGAAGUAAAUCUGAAUGUAAACCCGUGAGCCCUGCCUUUAAGGUUUCAUAAUCACUUAAAGAAAUAAACAACAUAGAAAAUGAAAGCACCUCAGACGUCAAGGAGGUUCACAAUUCUUUAAUGAUAUAUUUUGUUCAUUGGCUGAGGAGAGGUAAACUUUUGUCCCCUACUGUGAAGGUUUUUGCCUCUUAUUUAAAAUUCUGUUCAUUUCAGCUUCACUUGAUCCUCUGCUGUGUUGUUACUCUACAGGGGUUGUUAAAAGUUCCCUGUAAUCUUGCCUCAUUUGUGUCCAUGCAGCUAAAUAUCCUAACCGUGGUGGUUGUAGAGUUGCUGUGUAGAGAAUUUCCAGCCACAUUCCUGCAUAUUUCCCUCCAUGAAGCAGCUGAGGUUCGAGAGAGUUUCCUCAGAAGACACUGAGCUUCCUCCGCCGCUGUGAUCGGAGGAAUUUCAGAGGAAUGCUGUUCAUAAAGUCAUCUCUCUCAUCUGUUACCACAUGGCUCCUCAUCCUCCUGCAUGAGUGUGUGUGUGAUGUGUUCGUGUAUGUGUGUGUGUGACCCCUGUGCAGCUGCAGUUUUAACACUCUCCCACCAGGUUCCACAGGCUCUGCUCUGAUCUCUUCACACAAAGAGCUGCUUGUACCUUUAUAGAUGUGACUCCUCAUUAUCCUUAUGUAACAGGUUAAAGGUGCAGCUCUGCAGUUUUAAAACUGACCAAUCAGAUUUCAGAUUACAGGGAGACUGAUGUAAACAAAUGGACUCAAGGCCAAGAAGAAUUGGCAGCAUCUUGUUGGCAAUGAAGCACACGCUGCAGUUUAGUUUUAUAGUCAAAAGAUUUCAUCACAGCAUCACAGUUAUUACAGUUUAUAGUUAAAGAGUUGUUGGCUUGUUUAUUAUUUUGGACCCUUUACUUAUUAAGGUUUUGUAUUUGUCACAGAACACCACAGAGAUGCCAAAAGUCAUUUUAGCGAUGGGGUUUCUAAGCAGAAGUCAGCCGGUACAAUAAAAUCACACUUACUGCAAAUGAACUCAGAUGUUUUUUCCUUUAUCUGACAGGCUUUUGUCGCGAAUAAACAAAUUUGAAUCAUGAUCGAUUUCUGUUUGAAAACAAUAUUAAUAUUCUCAAUGUAAAUUUUCCUACUUUGAGCAUGCUCUCACUCUUUCACACAUCCAUUACAACCCCCCUUUCCUUUGUCUGAAAAGUCUAUUUUAGAAUAAAUGUAGAAUGACUCUUGAUUGAAAGUUCUCUUGAGUAGUUUUUCUCUGGUUAUGAAACAAAUAAAUUAAAACUGCUGUCUCAAGAUAACGUGAAAAAGCAAACCACACUAUCAGCACUAACUUAGCCUAUAAAACAUGGAUAAUGUGUCAGGGACAGGUCUUAGUGGUUUUUUAAAGAAAGGGGUUAAAGCUCAAAGAUGACAGUCACCAGAUUGGAAAUCCUCCCUCCCACUAGAUCCAGUCUAGAAUCUAGCACAGAGACGGGGUCAGGGCCAUAAAUAAAGAUAAAUGUUUCACAAAAUAAUGACCUGCUCAAUAAUCAUAUUUGUUGUCAACAUACAGCACAUUUGUUUCUGCUUCAAAUUUGGCAUUUCAACAUGGGAUCCAGUGGGGGUUCCUUGGCUUUCAGAGUCAGCCUCAAGUGGACUCUUGAGAAACUGCAAACUUGUUUUACUUUUUCUACUGCAAAUACUCACAAGUAUAUUCUCGGUGAGUAAUACGUUUGACCCUUAAAAUGCAGCAGGAGGAUAUUUUAUUAUUAGAAAGAACAAACCUUCAAGAGGACAGGGUCAGCUGAGAGCCAGGAUGUGGUGAGAGGCACCAAAAUCACCACAAAAUGAACAUUUCCUUGGAGAAAGUAAAGUCAGAAACCAUGUGUAAAAUUUUAGGGAGUGCACUAUAUGCAACAGCAGCAUUUCUCAUGGAAAGCCAGGGAAAAAUCUCCUCUGAAAGACUGAAUUUUAAUUCUUUUAAUUCUUUUUUCAGUCCCUUUGUUUUUUAUCAAGGCUGAAUUCCGGAAAAUCCACUCAGGACAACUUGAAUUCUCAUUUGAUCAUACAUAUAAACAGUGAGAAAUGGAUAUACUCCAUCAGCACAAGGUAACAGAAAAUAUCCAGCGAUUGUGCUACAAAUAGAAAAAUUAUAAAUCUGUAGUUUCCGAUAGACUCAGAUUUAUAUGCGGAAGAAUUGCCUGAGAGGAACAAACAUCUGUGAGCUCUGUGGGUCCUGAUUAUCAUCCUGAACAUUUACCAGAAUCUUAAAUAUUAAAAAGAAACAGCUGCACAGCAUCUGCUCCUUUCUGGCACAGCUGCUUAUAGCUCUCAUAAUGUGUGUGUUCAAGUAUGAGACGUAUUUUGGGUAUAUGUAAAUUGUUCACAACAGAAAGAAAGACAGAAAAGAAAGGAAAAAAAGAAAGAAAAGUGCUGGAUUAAAAAGAGUUCAAAAUAGAUAUUUGUCAUGAGCCAGGGCUUAACAAAAAGGGGGGAAAAAAGGACCCAAAUGCGGAACAAAAGAUGAUUUACUAAAAGAGCGAAAUAAAAAGAAACAAAAACGUUCUUCCAAAAUGUCCAACCAAAAAAUCCAAAAGUCAAAAUCCAACUCAAGACACUGGAGAGACAACUGGGGACACAGCAUAUGCACACAUAGACAUACAUUGAACCAACAAAGAAACAGGGGAAGACAGGGACGAUUUAUACGCACACAGGGAAACGAGCAACGAGAGGCAGGUGAGAAACAGAUCCAGACAAUUACAGAGGGAAAACUGAGGAAGUAAAGCAAAGCUAUACACACAAAGAUGGCCUACAACAAGAUAAAAGAGGAAGUACUGAAAACUGAUCUAAAGAAUAAAACACAGAAAAUGAAGGAAAGACAAAACUCACAAGAGAGGAAUACAGGGGAACAGGAACAAUAGGGAAAAGAAACACCAGGGAAAAUACAUUCAAAUCACAAAACAACCAGGGAAAAACUAAAUCAACAGAACAUAUCAUGACAAUAGCUCUUCUUCUCUUUUUUCCAGAUUCAGCAGCUGGAGACGCAGGUGAUCGAUGCAGAGAAACGAGCCUUCACCGCUCAGCAGCAGGUGAGGAGCAAACAAACCUUUCAUCAUUUGUGCUGUCUGCGUGUGUGAAUUUGUGUGUGCGUGUGUUAAAAUUGUCUGUGUGUGUUUUCUCAGGCACAAUGGAUGGAGGAGAAGCUAAAAGCCACAGAUGGUCCAUCAGGAGACUCUGAGGUGCUUUUGUUUCAGAGAUGUCAGGAGCUUCAGGUGUUGGUGCAGGAAAGAGAGGAGGUCAUCACCCGGCUGGAGCUGCAGCUGGAGGAGCAGGUAGAACAUCAGCAUCUGGAGAGCUGGAGGACAUUAUUCCUAUUUUGGUGUAAAAAAAAAAAAAGAGAGAAAUAAAUUCCAGAUGUGGCAACAUUUACACAGUUAACAAAGUUCAAAGUUAAAUAAUUGUGUCGCACUGUAUUUCCAGAGAAUUCAAGGCUAAUUUUCUCUGUCAAAGGAAUUUAAUAGCAUAAUGCUGCAGGGGUAGACAAGCAGCCUGUGUAGUCUUCUAUCUUACAUCACAACAGCUUUAAAUUUGCUUUACCCUCUGCUGUCAAAAUCUGUAAUUUUCCUUCACAGCGAUUUCUGUCUCUACAAAAGUUGUAUUAAAAACAUUUUUUCAUCAAUCGAUCAUAUUCAACACUGGAUGAUACGAACCAUCCUGUGUUUUGCUUGGUAAUAUUUAUUUGUUGUUAGGGUCAUAUGAUGGUUGUAAAAACAGCAAUGUAAUUUCUUCUUCUAUUAGUCAAAGCUUAAGUUGUUUUUAUAUUAAAAACCAGUGCACACAGCUGAUAAAAAGAUGUCUUAUUUUGAUGAUCAUCAACUGAUGUUUUUACGUCUUCCAGAAACAGAACCGACUCCAGGACGCCAAAACUGUGGAGGAGAAAGCUGCUAAGAUCAAGGAGUGGGUGAUGCUGAAGCUGUCAGAGGUAAAUAAAUGAAUGUACCACAGACAAAGUCAUACUGAUGAAAAAGAGGCAAAAUUCAAACUGGGUGUCUCAGUUGAGGUCACCAGCGUCUUAUUUUGUAUAAUAAUAGUUUGAUCCACGUGUUAAGUCAUUUUCCUUCUUCAGUUUGAGGUGGAGAACGCAGCUUUAAGAGAAACCAACAAGCAGCAGGAGGCUCAGAUUGAGGAGCUGCAAAAACAAAUGCUGGGUAAGAGCAUUCAAUCUUUAAAUUUGUCUCCAUGUCAAUAAUAAGUUGAUAAGAUCUCUGCACUCACACGCUUAUCUAUAACAACACUGUCCCAACAUGUCUGUGAAGCAUUUGAGCAGAAGUGUGCGGCCGGAGGAGCAAGAGGAGUCCUGAGCAGACCAGGUGAAGCUCAGCGCCUCAGCAGCCUGACGUUUGGCUGUUUCCAGGUGAGGGGGAAGAGUCCACAAGUCCUCACAGGCCCUGCCCCCUCCCAGAGGACCCUCAGCAUCCAGGGAGAGACAGAGGACCAGGAGAAAACAGGUGAGUGCCUUUAGACCACAGCUUCUCAUCUUUGGUACAGUUUUUUCCAUUGUAGCUCUGUUGAUCAUUGCUUGUGUGUGUGUGUGUGUGUGUGUGUGUGUGUGUGUGUGUGUGUGUGUGUGUGUGUGUGUGUGUGUGUGUGGCCUAUCUUGUAUGUAAAUUCGGUUGUGCCAUCUCAUGCUUCUGAUUGGCUGCUCCGGCAGCCAAUUGUGGUUCCUUUCAUUUCAUUUUAUUAUUUUUAUCGAACAUGUGUGUUCAACACCAAAAGUAAACUGAAAACAAACGAAACCAAUGAGAGUAUUUGAAACAACAAUAACAAUAAUCAUGGCAAAAAAGUACAAAUAAAAUACGAUAAAAUAAAAGAAUAAUUAAAAAAAAGAAAAAGAAAAAUAUUUCUUUUUUUUUUUUAUUUCAAACCUACCCCUUCUCCUUAACUCAAUAAUACCAGUCAGUAUCCAGCAAAAUUAUCGUUCUCAUAGUACUUUUUCCUCGGGUAAGUUUUUUGUGUCGUGGUAUUUCUUGGCUGGAAGUUUUUUGUUGGUGCGUGGGGAGGUACCGUGGCCAAGAGCCGCCACUACUGCAAAUAAAAAAGAAUGCAAAAAAAAGAGGCCACAACAGAAGUUACUGAUGCAAAAAAAGAAAAGAGAAACCGAAGCCCACUGUAAACAAAUAAGAAGUGAACUCUGAUCGUAGAUCGUAAAACACCAGUGCAUCAUCAUCAUUGGUCCCCGGCAGCUCACUUUCGAUGUGGCUUUUUGUUUUUUAUCUGCACUGUUUCUUUUUUUUAUUUUAUCUGUUGUGACUUGUUUUUUUUGCAUUCCUUUUUUAUUUGCAUCAGUGGCGGUUCUCGGCCACCGCACAGAGGUAUUUGUGUAGCACAUAGCUGUCAAGCUCUUAAGUAUUUCGUUUUGCCCCGGAAACUACCGUCCUUGUUCCCGUUGUCUUCCCAUAUUGGUAUUGUCCUGAGUAAAAUAUGAAUAGAAAGAAAAUAUAAUCUGCCUCUUCAAACUGAACUCUUGGGGUUUGGGAAAUUUCCCUGUCGAAAUCAAAAUUUAACAGGUAUGCUGUGAAUACUCGUCAUAAAGAAUGUUUAUUAUUCACUGUUUUCAUGAAAAAGUUUCAGCGAUAGUGGUUAUUCUGUUCUGCUGAUUGUUAACAGAAAGGAGUGGCGUGCAGACCUCCUCCUCAGGAUCAGUCCCUGAGCUCCACAGACCUGAUCACGGUGAGCUCCUCCAGGAGGACAGCGCCUCUGAAAGUCUGGGUGAGAACACAUGCGGAUCUGAGUCCCGUGGGGUCUCAUCUGUGCUGUCCAGCGCUGCAUCUGAGGGGGAGGUGGGAGGAGGAAUAGAAGAUGGAGGUGAGAGCAGAGGGGCGGGGCUUGAGUUCAGCCGUCCUGGCAGUGAAACCUACCUGACAGCUUCAGAUGACAGCAGCUCUCUGUUUGAUGAUGACAUGCAGAGAGCUGAGCGGCCCCACUUCAGCCUGCCGGGGGCGUCAGAGGGGACACUUGGGGGGAGUAGAGAUGGAGGGGGGAAGCCUCACAGGGAGGACUGUCCCUCAGAGGAGCUCAACAAACGCUUUCAGUCACACAGACUCGACUCCUCGUCCUCUUCAAGUGAAACAAACACCCCCAGCCCAAUUCUCACCCCAGCUUUCACCCCAAAACGUCCCAACCCUCCCCAGGACCCAAAGGACACUCCCGCCUCCCCCAAACAGCCCCGCUUGCGUACUCCAGCAGGGUUUGGUCUCAUGAAUGUGGCCCUGGCUAAGAAACACCUGAGCCAGCCGCCCAUCAGCCGCGAGGCAGCGCACGGACAAACACGAAAUGCGUUAAGCAUGCUCCGGCCUCUCCGUCCACAUGAGACGGACCUGGACCAGGAGCAGGAGGUUGUCAUGGAGACAGAGAAGGAUACCCCAUACCAGCAAAACUCACCUGGCUUACCUGGUUGUACAGAGAUCAACCAGGAGAAGCAGGAUGGUGACAGCUCAACACCUGGCAACAAACCUCCAACACCACCCUUACACAGGCUGCCGUCCUGGGUAAGAGAAUCUGAGCUUAUUCUUAUUCAAAGAUUUUAACAUCCAUGAAAUAGACUGAUAUUCAUACUGAUGGACAAAAAACAAGACCAUAUGUGACAGGGUCGACAUUUUCAUUCUGCAGUUUCUAAUGUCUUAAGCUGGUGGUGGUGUCAGAGGAGCAGCUGGAUGAUAUGCUCCGUUUUUACAUUACCUAUUUAAAAAAAACUCAAAAUAAAUGAUACAUUUGACUGUGAGAAGUCAACACCAUAACAUUUAUUAUCAGAAGACUCUACUUAAACAUGUGAAGGAUCUCACGAGUCAAUGCAUUGAAGUUUAUAAAACAUAACCAUUCUUUUAGCCGUUUUCACUCAUUUUCAUACAGCAGAAGAGGCAUAUCUUCAUUUCAAAACAAAAGUGUGAUCUCACAAUGCAGGAAACUGGGCUACCCCAAUUCAAGACAGUAUUUUUGUUGAGUCAGAGCAUCACCAACAAUGGUUUUAUGACUCAGUCUCUUCUGUAAAGAAGUUUCUGUUCAUGGACUGGUGACAUGUAUGAAACUUUACUUUGAAAAUCAUUACAAACAGAUGAUGAAAAUGGCAUAAAAGUAUGUCAGUUGCAUUUAUUAAUAAUGUCUAUGAAGUAAGUUUUUCAUAAAUAACACAUUAAUGCGGCUGUGUUGAGUUUUAUGGCCACUAUAAUCAGUGUAGAAACAGGAUACUGAGACGGCUCUAUUUUGUGCGAACAGAUUGUUACAUAAACCUCUGCAAAUAAUGAAUGUGACAAAAUAACAUUUUAGGAACAGAUUCUACUCACAUGUUUGUGAUAUGUUUACCUGUUAAAAUAGAUGAGAUGAGGAUGUGCUUUCAUCAUAAAAACAUCACUUACACAUAUUCAAGAUAAUAUUAAUGAAGGAAAAUUAGUUGUAACACUUUAUCCACGUGAAACACCAAGAUCUAAACCCUUUAAAUUCCUCACAGGACCUUUAAGAUCAUUGUCUUGAGGUAGAAUUCCCAAAGUGUUUGCUGAUGUUUCCACAGGAGAGCCGCAUCUACGCUGUGGCUAAAUCAGGGAUAAGACUCUCAGAGACGUCCUGCACAGACGCUGCUAGUAAAGGUGAGAACACCUGUCCAGAUCUGUGUCAUCUAGUGAGGUGUUAAGCUGAACAGUGAUCUGACUUAUCUGUGACCUGUGUUACAGACCCGUCCCUGCAGUCCUCCUAUCCUGCUUUUGUAAUGUACACCUCCCUCAUAUACAAAAACAUGACCACACCUGUUUACACCACACUGAAGGGGGUAAGAUGGAUUUAUUAACCUUUAAACCUCGCAGAAACACUUUGUGUUUUAGUGUAGCCUGUGGGUUGUUGGUAUUGAUGUAGUUUUUGGCUCCACCUCUGAUCUGCAGAAAGCGACCCUGCUGAGCAGCUGUCCAUUCUCAGACGAGUCAUCGAGCUCCGAGGAGUCCUCUAGUUCAGGGGAGGAGGAUGGCUCCAUCUGCAGCUCCCGCACCUCCUCCAGCUCCCGCAAAGACAGCACCCCGGGCAGCCCGCGCUCGCUCAAGAGAGGUAACCCAACCCCACAUUUUUGCAGACGAAAAGUUCAAGAAAAAGCAGAUUUUUUUAAAUCAUUAUUUUAUCUUGUUCCCCAUUAUUUCAAUUUAAUUUGUAUUUCUCUUUCUGGACCCUGUUAUUUGUUUGUUUGUUUGUUUGUUUGUUUGUUUGGUUUCUGAUUUUUGUUUUGUUUUUUGUAUUUUUUGUUUUUUAUUUUAUUUUCUUAUAUUUUAUUAUUUAAAUUUAAUUUGUAUUUCUCUUUCUUUUUUUCUUUUUUUUACAAAGGCAGGGGAGGAUUUGUUUAUGCACAUUUAUUCAACAUGUGCUUUGUUUAUGUUCAAACUGAAAAUGCCAAUUAACAGAUAAUUUAAAAAAAAAGAAAGAAAGAAAGGAAAAAGCAGAAAGUCAGAGUUUGAAAUUGAGAUUUUGACAUAAAAAAUAGAAAGUCCAAAUUCAAAAUCAAUUUUUUAGAUCAGAAUACACAGAAAAGUUUUGUUUCUCUCCUGUAGCUGUGUCUAUGUCAUCGAUGACCUCAGAGAGCGACUACGCCAUCCCGCCUGACGCCUACUCCACCGACACAGAGUGCUCUGAACCCGAGCAGAAACUGCCAAAGACCUGCUCUUCAUCCAGCGACAAUGGGAGGACGGUGAGUCAGUGUGCAGGUUCCUCCAAGUGUUCUGACUCUCCUGUUACCCAGAAUGCACCACGUUACAAGCACAUAUGAUGUCAAGUUCAAGUGAGGAUUCCUCACUACAUAGAGAAUUACAAUUACAAUAACUUAAGUCAGUUUAAGUUAAUUCACAAACAAAAUUACCUGGUUUUAACAUUAAGGACAUCUUAAAUAUUUUGCGGACACGUGUGGGUUACUGAUUUGUAAACUGUACAGAUACAUCUGUGUGUAUUUUUCAGGAGCCGAUGGAAAAGUCCGGCUACCUGCUGAAGAUGGUCAAGACCUGGAAGAAAACCUGGAAGAGACGCUGGUUUGUCCUGAAAGAUGGAGAACUGCUCUACUACAAAUCACCUGUAGGUUUUACACACGGACACACAGCUUUUCUUACGAAUGGCAUUUAGCAAUAAGCCUUAAAACUUGUGGAUAUUUAUUUUGACAGGAAACAUGUUGUCUUUUGUUUGCCCAGAGUUAAAUAUCUGCACUCAAACUCCACAAAGAAAAAGACAGACUUUAGCCUAUUCAUAGACUUUGCUUCUUUUGUCACCAUGUUGAAACUGCAAAUGUGAAAAUGAACUGUGUAUAAAACGAAAAAGUGAGAAAAAAGUCACGGCUUAAAGAAACUUUUGAGUAUGAAGUCCCUUUAGAUAUGAACCUAAAUGCAGGAUAAUAUGGUCUUCUUCCCCACAAAUGAAUUUUUGUCAUUCUUAAUGGAGCUUAUCAGUAAAGUUAUUCAAUUUGAUUUGAAAAAGAUUUUGAAAAUGUUAAUGAAAAAUGAACAUAGUAAAAAAAAUAAUAAUAAUAACUUUAUUUGUAUAGCACUUUUAAAAACAGAAGUUUACAAAGUGCUUUGACAUGUAGUCAUAGAGCACAUGGAAAAAGACAGAUAAAAACAACAAGCUCAGUAAAAACGGAAUUGAAGGCCAUUUUCAUGUCAUAAGGGACUCAGACAAAACAAGAACCAUGCAACAUCAAAUGAGACCAUGGGGACCAAAAUAAAAACAUAAAAUAGUUCAGAAAAAAGAAAAUGCAAUUAAAAAGGGGGCAAGCAGACAGACAACAAAAGGUAAUAAAGACAAACUGCAAAGUUUAAAAAUCAAAGUAAUCAGUAAUGUUUGUGGUGUAUCUGGUGUUGAGUUUAUGUUUUUCUGAUGCCUACAUGUUGUUUCUUGUCUGUAUGAGUCUUCUUGUCCUGGUGGUGAAAUAGUUUCCCCUAUGCAGGAUCAAUAAAGUCUACCUUACCUUAAAUCGUCAAUCACUUUGAUACUUUUAGUUUUCUGAUGACUCACAUAUCAAAAAAGGAGUGAGAGGAGAAGUAAUAACAUAUUAAGUCCCCCUGUUGCUCAUUGAUUGGUAAUUAUCAAGCUGGCUUUCUUUGACUUGUCCAAAACUAUUGAUUACCAAUGGUGAUAAAUCUGAAGAAAAUGUUGACAUUCUGUAUGAGAAGUUUUUUAUUCUUGUGUCUUUUUUCUGCUAAGAGCUAAGAGGAUAAAUCUUUUUCUGUGUCCUUCAGAGUGACGUGAUCAGGAAACCUCAGGGUCAAAUCGAGGUCAACGCCAGUAGCAGCAUCGCCCGUGGAGAUGGAAAACAAGUCCUUCAGGUAUUUUAUGAAAUUAUCAAUACUCUGGUUUAGCUGAUAUCCAAACAAAAGAUUACAGCUGUGUUUGUGUUGCUGUACACAGAUCGUGACGGGGAAGCGUGUGUACUACCUGAAGGCUGACUCUCCGAACCUGCUGGAUGAGUGGCUAAGGACGCUACAGAGCGUGCUCAGACUGAAAUCUGCCAGUCCGCUCUUCACUCAGCCAGACAUCCGGCCCAGCAUGAAGGGGCUGCUUGUCAAGGUUUGAAACUUAACAUUACCACUUUAAAUAAAUUUGAUUAGAUGCAUGAAUUCACCUGGGCAGAUCGAUGGCUUCUGUUUUGCACCGUUUGAACAUUUUCAGCCCCACAUUUGUUUUGUCAGAACCUCCCUGUCCUCUCUUUGUUGCAGGUGAAGCACGGAUACUCGAAGAGAGUUUGGUGUGCUCUGAUUGGAAAAACUUUGUAUUAUUUCCGCAGCCAGGAGGACAAGGUGAGAUCCAAACUAAGUCCUUCCUGUCUUUUAGUUUUUAAUCAUUAAUUGUUUGUCGUUUUUUUUUUUUUUUUUUUUUUUUAGAGUGGAGGGCAUGUGCAAAUGUUUCAUCACAACUGCAAAGUGUACAACCAAGAGGGUAGCAUAAGUCCUUAAUGUUAUUUAAUAUUUUUUAGGUAACAUUUAGCACUGCAAUGACUGCUAAACACAAGUUUUUCACAGUUAAGCAAGAUACCAGUCAUAUUUGAAAUUCAACACAAACCAGUGUGAUAAAUACCUAAGAAGUGUCUUAAUUAUGUGCAUCGUGAAUCAUGGGAGCUGUAGGUAACGGGGCCUAAACUCAAACAGCAACACACCUGAUUCAAAUGAUCAGCUUGCUAUCAAGGUCUGUGAUGGCUUAAUAACGAGCUGAUUAUUUGAAUCAGGUGUGUUGGAGCAGGAAAACAUCCAAAACAUGCAGGACGGGGGGAGGACUGGACUUGAGAACCACUGCUCUGCAUGAAAUUCAACCACAGGCUGAUGUAAACUCACCUGUUGUUUAUCUGAAAACCAUCAGACAGGUGUAAAUGGAGAUCAAUAGUAUUGAUAGUAUUCAAACAAAAAUACAAUGAUGAGUGGCUUUACGACCAUAUUUCUAGAGUUUAACCACUAGGCGGAGCUAUUGAACAAGAAUUUUUACAGAACAGUUAAGAUUUCUUCCCAGGGUGGUUAUGAGAGGUAUUAAUCUAAAGUAGGUGUAUAACAUACAGCAGAUAAAUUGUAAUACAGAUUAUUAUAAUUAUAAUUAUUGCUAUUUAUAAUAGUUUUACACAAACAUUUACUAGCUUUUUACUGUUUGUUAUAAAUGCAUAAUAUUGAACUUAUGAAGACCUUAUAAACCUUGCCCAACAUUUUCCCACCCACAUGCUGUAUAACAGUGCAAAUGUGCAUUAUUAUAUCAAAUAAAAACAAAUAGAUAAUGAGUGAAGACUGAGUGAUAACCAAACACCCCCAUUCCUCUGCUUUGUGAUAAUCACAUUUCUAUACUUUUUUCUAUAAAACUGGUUGAAGAUUUCACUGUGGUCAUAAGAAAUGUGCUGUAGACACUUGGGGAAGUCUUGCUUAUGUUAAAUAAAAUCAAGUGUACUCUAAAUUUUUUAGUAUUUUUACUGCUUCAGUUUGACAAUGUUUUUUACAGACAACAACCCUGUAUUCAAGGGCACCAAGAUGUGUCCUGAUGUGUAUCAAUGUGUGUGUUCUCAGUUCCCUCUGGGUCAAAUCAAGCUGUGGGAGGCCCGGGUGGAGGAGGUAGACAGGUCAAAAGACUCUGAUGAUGACCUAAAGGCUUGUGGGCGGAGCUUACAGGUCACACCUUUCACUAUCGCCAUCCACCCUCAGGAGCAGGGGCCGACCUACCUGCUCAUCGAGAACCGCCACGAAAAGGUCAGCUACGCUUAGAAACAACUUUUCCUUCUGCCCCACCUUAAAGAAGUUUGAGUUCAGAACUAAAACUCUUUUUAUGAUGAACAAACAAAAGGAAAACCUGAUCUGACUCCGUGUUUUAUUAUUGUAUCACAUGAAGAUGUUUAAACUAGUAUUGGGCUGAGACGAGUCCAGAGGAUUGGGUGUGCCCCAAAGCAACAAUACUGCGUAGCUUUCAAAUAUGUCAUCUUUCUAAUUUUUACUAGAUUCAGUUCUGCUAUCACUAAGACACAAGCAUUAUUUCUCUGUUUGUGUUUAUGUCCGUCUCUUCCCUCUUCACUGAUGUUUGUGCGCGGUGCUCUGCAGGACUCGUGGCUCUUUCAUCUGUCUGUAGCAGCAGGAUCCUCGAUGGGAUCAGUCGGCACCGACUUUGAACAGCUGGUGGGAAAACUCUUCCAACUGGACGGAGACCCGAGUCAGUUUCUCAGAAUAUUUAUCAGCUUUCUGUCAUUGUGCCAAUGUUUGUAACCAUCAUCAGGGUUUUUGUCCCUUUUUUCAAAGUCAAGGUUCACCAAUCGUAACUGACCAUAUCACUGAAUAGCACUGAAUUAUGUGACUUAUUAUGAGAGUUGAUUAUUUGCCACCCACAUAAUCACGAUCUGAGCUCCUUGAAUCUCGAAAAACAUUUCACAAACCUUAAUACAAGUCAGAGGAUUCAGUUGAUUAUUUUCUGUAUUCAACAUGCAAAACAAGAUCUGGAGAAAAGGUACUUGUGAACGUUUUGAAAAAAGCAGCAUGUACAGCUUUUCUAUGGUGUGAAUGUGUGUUUUUCUAAAUUUGUUUCUUACAAAAACUUUUACUUCUAAGUUAGUUUUUCAGAUCAAAUGUUUGGACUUCUCCAGUAAAUUCGUUUGACAGCAGUGAAACAGGUUUCAAUGGCUGUAACAAAGAGCCUGCUCAGAGUAAUUCUGUUAUAAAUGUUCCUUUCUGCUUCUAUCCUUUUUAGUAGUGAAAUUUUCUUUUGUAUUUUAGUCAUUUGUUUGUCUUUUGUGUUGCAGACUCUCCAAUCUGGAGACAUCCCAUGUUGUGUUUUAGUAAAGAAGCUCUGUCGUCUCCUCUCACCACGCUGCCCUCACUGGCUCUGCAGACAGAGGCCGUCAAACUCUUUAAGGUACAAACAUACAGAAACAAAAAAGUGUUUCUUUUUUUAAAAAGGACUUCCAUCAUGUUUUGUAUCAUGUAUUUUUUAAAGUCUUAUUGUUUGUGUUGAAGACUUUUUCUGUUUUUAAAUGAUAUUCAAGGUCUUUCAAAUUAGGACUAGGUUUCAGACUUUUGUUACAUACGUUUCAAUAAAACUAGAAGUGAAACAGAUAAAUAUAUGUGUCUCUUUACCAUCACAUCAUCACAAAUAAUACCCUCAAAAAUCUUGAUAGAGGCAAAACAGAACAACUUACAAACAAAAGCUCCAAACAGCAGUCUCUAUCUUUUUAUAAUGUUUAACAAAAAGAUAAUUUCUCUUCUUGUGUGUAUGAGAACAGUGGUUCUCGAGGCCCACUGUCCUGCAUGUUUUGGAUGUUUCCCUGCUCCAACACACCUGAUUCAAAUGAUCAGCUCGUUAUCAAGCUCUGUAAUGGCUUAAUAACGAGCUAAUCAUUUGAAUCAGGUGUGUUGGAGCAGGGAAACAUCCAAAACAUGCAGGACAGUGGGCCUCGAGGACUGGUCUUGAGAACCACUGGAUUAAAGCAUCUGUCCUUUCUCUCCUUAGACUUGUCAGCUUUUCAUCAACGUGGCCAUUGAUGCCCCCGCCAUCGACUACCACGUCUCUCUGGCUCAGAGCGCCCUGCAGGUGUGUCUGACCCACCCUGAGCUGCAGAAUGAGUUCUUCUGCCAGCUCAUCAAACAGACCCGGAGGAGGACACCGCAGGGGCACCCUGGUCCCUUGCAGGUUUGUGAUUUCACCACAGGGGGGCAGCGGUGUCAUGCGUUAGUAAAACGUAACAAUGUCCAAGCAAAGAUGUUCAAAAGGUGGCUGAUCAUUUUAAAAGACAGUAUAGGAAGCAAAUAAAUGAAAAAAAAAAACAGAUCUCUUUUUGAUACUGCUUUUUUUUUUGUUGAAGACGUGUUUGCAGGAUGCAGUGGUGAGAAAAUGCAGUGAUAUAGCGAGGCACAAUGACUGAACUUUGUAAACUCUGAUUUAUUAGCCUUAAAAGUAAGACGGUGCCCCAAUUCAAUGUUUUUCAAUGUAAAUAUACACACUGUUAAGCUCUUAUCUCUUUAAAGUUCAGUGAAUCAUUCACAUGAAGUCCUGUUCAUAGUUGCAAUGUUAUCAAACAAAAUUCCUGAAUGUAUACUUUCUCUAUCUGAAAUAAUACUUAAACAGGAAGCAUGUAUAUGUACUCUUGCCAAUCUUGCUCCACUAUCAGCCAUGAUUUAAAAACAUUCUGGGUAGUGACUCCGCUUUUUUGGCAGGAAACUGAACCAGAACUCAGGCACUAAAAUUCAGCAGAAAUAACUAAUCAUGUUGCUGGUUGUCUUAUUUUACCCUGUAUUUCAUUAAGAAGCAUCUGGAUAUGAGUGUCACUAUUUCAAAAUGUCUACAACUCCUCGAAGUGAGUUUAACAAUUUCUAAAAUCACACUAUAUAUUUAUGAAUUCAACAAAAGGUGCAAAAUACAAAGGUGCUUCACUCAAGAUUAAUAUUUCAGAGAAUUUGUUGGAAGAUAAUCAUCAAAAAGGCCAACUGUCUCCUCAAUGUAAACACCUCUGUCCAGAUACUUAAAAAUGUUAAAUAUCAGAUCCACAGAAUACUAGAAACUCCUCAAAGUCAUGUGAUUAUCAUUACUCAAUCAGCAGAGUCAUCAGUAACACCAGCAGAGGGCACAUACAGAGAUGAGUCCUCACCUGUCGGCUUAAAAAUAGAAAUCCCGUGAGAUUAUGUCUCAUCAUUAGGAUUGAAAAAUGACAGGAUGAGUCAUUACACAACCGUGUGACUCUUUGUGUCCAUGAAUGAAAGACAGUACCUGUAACAUGGGGAAGCUGAUGGGUUUCAUUACAGCAACUCUUGCUGCUUCUCUGUCCUGGUGUUUUUGCUGACUGUGUGCAUGUGUGUGUGUCUGUGUGGGUGUUUGUGUGUUGUUUUUCAGGGCUGGCAGUUCCUCGCCCUGUGCGUGGGACUGUUUCUGCCUCAGCAUCCGUUCCUCUGGUUGCUGCAGGUUCACCUGAACAGACAUGGGGACUGCAGGUGAGAUUACGUUGGGGGCUGAACAUUGAUGUGACCGAGCAAAAAGCAAACAUUCAAAUAAGAAAAUCAUUUAUUGUUGCUUUUCCACCAGAUCAGGAAAGUUUUGUUUUAAUAAAUUGGUCAUUUCGUUAAAGUGGAUGUUUCGCUCCAUUUUUCACUUUAACUGAUCAAUAGAACAGAUGAUAGAAAUCAGUGAAGUUGCUGGUUCGAUUUCAGAUCUGUGACCAUCUGAUGCACGUUGCUCCCUGCAUACUUUUAAAUGAUAGGUUAGAAAAUCCCACUUUGAGCCUUUACAAAGAAUCAAACAGCACUAUCAUAAGAGUGAUUCUUCACAGCGUCCAAGUGUUAUGAAAUAAGUAGGCGUGGCAUGUUAAUAACAGGUUCACAUACUUACACACAGUGUUGUUGUGACAUGCUGGAAACCCAAUUCACACUGACAUCGUUUUACCUCCUUUAUUCAGCUCUGUGACUCUGUGCUUUACCUUUUGGCUGAACCCCACUAAUCAUAGUUGUUUAUCUCAUUAUAUCAACUUUAGUAAUGACCGCAGGAUAGCAAUACACGACAGUCUGUGUAAACCUCAACCAAAACGCCACUCUAUAGCCACAAAUAAUGCUCAGAACAGCACCUAACUUCAUCAACAGUACAUGUAGGGUCCCAGCCACAGUACUAGCCACCAAACAUAUUUUUAGUUUUGCCUAAUUUCUUCAACAAAGAGACUAAACACAACUCACCUACUCUCCUCCAGCAGCCGCUUGUUUGUAGCGAGACCUCGGGCCAGUCCAUUACAGACUGCUGAGGGGUGACGCAGCUCAAGGAAAACAUUUACUGAUAAUUUCUUCAUGGAAAUGUAAUCAGACCGAGACGCUUAGGAAGAAGAACUACCGCAUCUAUAGUGCAAAAUGAUGAAUAUGAUGAUUAUAACUUCAAGGAAAUGAUAAAGUAAUGAUGAUAAAUGUUCUUCCUUGAGCUGCGUCUCAGGUAUAACUAGAGAAUCAAGUGGUCGGCAACAUUCAUCUUUCGAGGGGGUGUCUAACUCGUUGUUACGGUGUCCCUUUAUCCCUUUAAAUCUGAAUAUCUCUUUAUGAAUUUUGUCUUUUAUGAAUCUCUCAAACACAUUGAAAAACCCAGAUAUAACUCAGUUAAUUACAUUAUUCACAUAGCCUAGUUUUAUAGUGAUAACUUACUGGAUUGUUACUUAAUGAAAGGAUCAUUGAUUAUUGAUUUUGGUUUUAAUUAUUUACCUCCAGUUGUUUUGGAGAAGUUUCUGAUGUCUCUAAAACUAUGUAACAUGUUUAUAUAUGUUUUGUCAUAUCUCUCUCACGUCAUCAGGACUGAAGUGGGUAAAUAUGCCAUUUACUGCCUGCGCUCCAUGGAGCGAACCCAGCAGAAGGGCGAGAGGCAGGCCAGGCCAUCCCGCAUGGAGAUCCUGUCCAUCCUGCUGAGAAACCCCUAUCAUCACUCUCUGCCCUUCAGCAUGCCCGUUCACUUCCUCAACAACACCUAUCAGGUACACACUCGCACACACACGUACGUAUACAGGCUGUACAGAGAGGUGGAGCAUGAAUCUUCACCUGAAGUUGCCGGACACUCACGAUCACAGAAUGUGGAGUGACUUUUGUGUUCGUCAUCUCUUCUCACUAAUUAAAGGCAUAGUGAGGAGUUUUAAACUCAGUGAGUUACAGACUAAAACUGAUGCUGAUGGCUCUUUUUGACCUUCAAAAGCAAACGAGACGAGAUGAUUUCUCUGUUGUCUCUGCUACUAAUGCCUGAAACUGCUGUGAGGAAGUAGGCGUCAGACCGGAUGAUUGACAGCAGACUGAAGAAACUGUCUUUUGUUGUUUUCUCACAGCAAAUAUUCUCAGUGAGUGAUAUCAAAAGACAGGGGGAUUUGUUUUUCCAGUCGCUGGUUGUGUUUGCAUUGAGCCACACGGUUAUUCUUCUUUCUGCGGAGUCUACGGUCACGCCCAUAAAAAAACAUGGGAAAUUAAAACAGUCAAGACAGACAAAGACUAAAACCUGCAAAGCCUCAUGGGAGCAUAAAUGUUGCUACUACUGCUCAGCUUUACAUCAAUCACAGUUUACGCAGACCGUGAUUAAACUGUCAUCCUGUACUGCUUCACCACACCUAUCACCUACCUGUUCACUGUGCUCUCUCUCUCCCACUCUUUAUGAAUGCAAACAGGCAAACAGGAAGUUUUUGUCUUUGCUUCUUUGACUCAAAUACUUUAAUUUGUAGGUUCUUGUAAAUUCUUUAAAACUACUUUUUAGGUUAAGGAAACAUUGUGUGGAGUAAUUUUUAGGGUAAUUUCACUUGCCUUUGCUUAUGUCAUUUUGCAGAAUACAGCAGUGUGAUCUUCAGCAAGCUUUGUGAUUGUUACUGUGAAUCUGCCAUCAUCAAAAAAACUGAAAAAUAACCUUACAUACAGAUUAUCUGAGACCAAACUGUUGCCCAGUUUGUGACUGUUUACUUACUUUUACUUUCUUUUUGAGUUUAGACUCUGCAACUGUUUGACUAUAUUGUGGGAGACAUCCAAGUUUGGGCUGAUAGUGUUAAUGUUCUUAAACCUGCAGCAGAACAACAAUACAGACUACAAAAAACCCUAUCUGAGUAGAUUCCUAUUGUGGAUGUACUUUAGUCCAUCUAAAUGUUGAUAUAUUUUAGCUGUUUUUUUUCCUGUUUAAAAGUUCCAUUAUAACGUUCUGAGAGCCAGUGUGAAAAUUUUUAAAGAGUCAUCGAAAAGUCAUGAAAAUCUAAAUGAAUUCUCAACUUUGUUUGCAGCCAUGAGAGCAGAAAAACUACACUAAACAAAAAAUGUAAGAGGAUCUUCAUAAACUGAUGAUCAAAAGCAAGCACAAACUCGUCACUGGGCUGAAGAAUGUUAGCGUUGUCUUCGUUUUAAAAAGAAUUGUGUUUAUUGACAACGGAAAGGAAACAGAGGAGAGAGCAGGGAUUGGCAUGCAGGAAAGUUGCCGCAUCCAUCCCGGGCUGCUGACAAUAUCCUUGUCAUGUUAGCAUGCUGAGUUUAGAUUUAGUUUGAAGGACUGCCAAAGCUCUGUAAAAAAUCAUAGAUUUGCUUCUGUGAAGUAAUUAGUCUCAAAAGGCUUCCUUAGUUUUACUACAUGGUUCAGAGUGUUUAGUUUAAGUGCUGUCAUGAUAUCAGCUUAUUAAGCUACAGGUUUAAAAAUCCUUAAAUGUAAAACCUUGUUUUCAUUGCACUUUUUCCUGAUUAGCUUAAGUCAUCAAAUACUGUAUUUGUUUUGUUACCCCUGAGUAUCACCAGAUAAGCUUAAAAUCUUUUGAUUUUCUGCUGCAUUUAGAUUUUUUUCUCAGUGGAGAAGUAAUAAAAUGACAAAAAUUCAGAUUUAAUGUGCUAUUAACCCAGUGGUUCUCAAGUCCAGUCCUCAAGCCCCCCCGUCCUGCAUGUUUUGGAUGUUUCCCUGCUCCAACACACCUGAUUCAAAUGAUUAGCUCGUUAUCAAGCCAUUACAGAGCUUGAUAACGAGCUGAUCAUUUGAAUCAGGUGUGUUGGAGCAGGGAAACAUCCAAAACAUUCAGGACGAGGGGGGACUCGAGGACUGGACUUGAGAAUCACUGUAUUAACCCAUUAAGACCUGAACCCUGUCUGAGACACGCCUCCGAAAUCCUGAGGGCAAUUUUGAGAAGGGCCCCCAGAUCCUGAGGUUUUCUGAAGUGUUGAGGUUUACAAAAAAGCUGAUAUCUCAACCUCUGUAGCAGAUUGAAACAAAAUUCAAAACGUACUUGAGAGCUUACACACGUGGCUUUCAAGAUAACUAUCUUUUGUUUGUCCAAACCUUCAUCACAUUAUUGAAAACCUUGAACAAACAAACUCAAAUGAAAUAAAGCGGCUGUAUAAAUAAAAGUAAAGGCACUGCACUGGAGAAUAACAAACUAUUUGCUUUCUGUUACACAAGUGGCAGUCAUGAUAAAGUGUCCAUUCAACACAAAUGUAAAUAGAAAAAAUAAGUUGUUGAAAGGGUAUGUAGCUGCCCCAGUAUAGUGCCAGUACAAAAGCAGCACUAAAAACUAAGAAUUAAAUAACUCAAUAAAUACGUGGCUGACAGUGUGUUCAUCUCUGUUCUCAACUAAAGUCAUGCAACACUCACAGAAAUUGCCGAUAGUGUGAGCCAAAGCUCUCGAUAUGAAGAGGUUGUUCUCCUCCGAUCUGCUCUCUGCCUCCGUCAUUGUUUACUUUCCUCACGAAGCACGUAACAAGAUCCAAGCAUGAAUCUGAUCGCUUUAUUAAGCUUUAUUAGCCGAUCAGAGGCAAACAGGUUUGGUGGUUUGAUUUGCCACGACUCCAGAAAUUAUGGAAAAACUACAGAAUGUCACAAAAUUAUGUAUCCGCGCUCCCGGCUUUAAGAGUAGAAAUGUGUACAUGCUUCUCCAAGCUUGGAAGGUUGAAAUGCAUACAUGCUGUCCCGGUUUAAAUGGGUUAAUAUCCUGAAACCCAGCAGUGUGAUAAACUGACAGUUGUAAACAUGGUGAGUUCUGCAGCUAUAUCUCAGGAGACUGCCAUUGUCAUUACUGUCAUAUUGUUUUUCUUUGUUCAACAUCUGCAGGUGGUGAGCUUCGAUGCUUCGACCACAGUGGAUGAGUUCCAGAGUCGCCUGAACCAGGACAGCAGCAUGAGGAAGACCGGCCUCUCUGGUUUCAGUUUGUACACAGACGACCCUACGGGGCGAGAGCUGGAGCACUGCCUGCAGGGAGGGGUUAAGGUGCAUCCUCCACUCAUGUGAUGAUGAUGACUCUCUAAAGACAGUUUGAUCAGUGUCUCAACACCGCCAUAUCCUUUUUCUAUCAACUUCAGAUUUGUGACAUAAUCUCUAAAUGGGAGCAAGCCUCCAAGGAGCAGCACACCGGCAAGUCUGAGAACACCAGGACAGUCCGCCUCACCUACAAGAGCAGGUACCUUUAUUCUCUUCAACUCACCCCUGAUUCACAGAGCGCUCACAAGCACGCAAUGACUAAAUUUUACUGGAAGCAUUUCGUUCAGUCUUACACAACAGACUUUGGGAGACCAUGGAACAGUGCAUGUGUUUACCUCCGCCAAGGAGGUUAUGUUUUCGGUAGCGUUCAUUUGUUUGUUUGUCUGUUAGCAACUUUACGGAGAAAGUUACAGAUGGAUUGACCUAAAAUUUUCACCAGAGGUGCGUCUCAGCCCCAGGAGGAUCCCAUUACAUUUUGGUGGUAAUCCAGUCAAAAUUCUGGAUACUGUGAUCCAGAACACACAAAAAUAAGGGUGUCGUUGGAAUUUUCAAUGCUGAAAGAUAACCAAUGGGCGGCACAGUGGUGUAGAUAGGCGGCACAGUGGUGUAGUUGUUAGCACUGUCGCCUCACAAUCAGAAGGUCCUGGGUUCGAAUCUGGAUCAGGGCAUUUCUUGUUUUAGGAACAUUAUGAACAGUGAACAUACCAGUUUAAACACAAAUAAAAGACACGUAACAGUAAAAGUUUUGGUGUGAAUCACAAUAUAAGGGGGGACAUGAGCUGCUUGCUGGAGGUCUGCGCUCUCCGAGUGCUUUUCUAGUUAAUUAUGUGACUUGGGUAAUUUCUUCUCCUUUAUCGGAAAUUUCCUGAGCAUUUUCAAAAGUACGGUUUACUCCAACUUAUUCGGUCUCUGAAUUGUAUUAUUAUCACUGUUACAUGUGCUGCUGACCUCUUGGCCAGGUCACCCUAGUAAAAGAGGUCUCGAUCUCAAUGGGUUUCAUACCUGGUUAAAUAAAGGUUUAAUAAAUAAAAAUAAACAAUUAGUUUAUAAAAGUAAAUAUUUCCACCUUAGUGCCAUGAUGUGUUUUUGGUUUUCAAUCAAAAGCCUCUGCAGAUAAUCCUGUUUGCCUUUCCUGGCCUCUAAACUCAUAGAUCAAACUCUGCAGGCUGUAACUUUCACUUUGUGUGUAUGAAUGGCUGUGUUACUGAAUCAGGUGUUUUUUUGCAAGAGGCAUGUUUUGCAUAUAAUGAUUGCAGAAUGCCUCAUCUAAAUCUAGCACCAACACGCACACUGAUGCUAUUUGCUCUGCAGCACAAUUAGUGGUGAAUUUAACCCCUCAUACAUACUUUGUAAGUUAGUCAAGGUCUCCUUGUUCAGAAUCACGCAGCAAGUCCUUGAGUGAACCAGGCCCUCAAACUUUACAAAAAUUAUUUUUCUGUGUGGCUUAUAAAUCAAAUAAGACAUCUUUUUAAGCCCAUUUCAGCUGAAAGUUGCAGCCAUAUGAGACACUAAGCAGAAUAUUUCCCCCACUCUUUUUUACAUCUCUUUUCUCCAGCUGUUUAAUGCAGAUAAAGCAAAAGUGUAUCACUCCUGGGAAGAGGAAAAGUUAAAUGUUGUUUCCCUGUUUCUGCUCUCCUGUCCACAGGUUGUACUUCUCCCUCCAGGUCAGGGGGGAGUCAGAGAGGGAGAGACUGCUGCUGGCUUAUCAGACAAAUGAGGCCAUUGUGGCGGGACAUUUCCCGGUCAACAAGGAGCUCGCUCUGGAGAUGGCCGCCCUGCUGGCUCAGGUCUGAGAACUAUGAAUGUACAUCCAUAUUUGUAUUUAUUUAAAUAGGAUUUACUGUGUUUGAGCUGUUGUACAGGGGUGCAGGUAGAACUAGCAACACAACACACACGGUGUUUUCUAAAAGAGCAUACUCUUCUAGUUUUCAGUAUUGUGUUUGUUAACAGGUGGAGUUUGGGGAUUUUGAGCGCCCCUUCUCUGCUCCUGGAUCAGCCCAGACCAAGUCCAACCAAACCCUGAAGCAGGUUCUGGACAGAUUUUACCCCAAACAUUACCGCAGGAGCACAUCUGAGGAGCAGCUCAGGUAUGAGACAGGAGCUCCUCUCCAGUGGAAAUCAAGUUUUCUUUGAUUGAAGUGGUCCUUGCUGAAUAAAGUUUCCCCACUCUUCCUUCUCAGAGUGCUGCUGCAGCGUCUCUCAGCCCGCUGGGCCUCCCUCAGGGGUCGGAGCUCCUCAGAGUGCGUCAGGAUCUACCUGACUGUUGCUAGGAAGUGGCCUUUCUUUGGUGCCAAAUUGUUUGAAGCAGAAGUAGGUGACCAUCAGUAUUAAUUACAUUUAGACCCAGUGGUGUGAUGAAUGUUCAGUUUGUUUCUUGUGUGAUUGCUGCACCUCACAGACAGUGUUAAACACAGUUUAGCUCUCUUGAUUUGUUGAAUUGUAAUGAAAUUAUGUAAAACUGUCUCAGAAAAACACUGUGAUGUUUGUAAUACAUCAUACAACACACAGCAGGUAAACUCAAAAGUCAAUCACAUUUCUCCAAGCUUCAUCAAUGCUUUCUCUCACUCUAAACUGCAAGGUAGUGAGGAGCUUGACCUCAGUAGGUUAUUUUACUGUGGUGUAUUAUGAAAAUGUUUUUGUGCUCAAUCCAAAGUCCUGUCUCUCUGUGUCCUUUUAGUCCAUCACUGCGUCUCCACAGCAGGGUGUGCGCGUUUGGCUGGCUGUGCACGAGGACGGGAUCAGUGUGCUGGAGCACAACUCUGUGGUGAGCUCUGAUGCCAGUUAGCUUAAACACAACAGGUGUCAAAUGAAUGUGAAAAUGGAAUAAGGCAGAUUUAUUGAUUGGCUGUAUUGGUAGUGAUGGUGAUGGGUAAUGAAAAACUGAUGAUAAAUGAUAAGACAGCAGGUAACAAAAAACACAGUGUUGAAAAGUAGGAUUAAAAUAAAUAUUGUACUGAUUGUGCCAAAAGCUCACUGCUGUUUGAGGACAAAAGAGUGAAACUGUGUGAAUUUUUACGUCAUUCUAGUAUUUGUAUAAACACAGUCGCACACAUGAUGCACGGGGUCUGUGAAAGGUAAAACUCAACAAGUAUGUAACUGUUAUUUAUCAAGGUUUUAAGUGCAGUUUUAUAUUGCUACAGAUCAUUACCUUACCUCAUCACUAAUGUUGAUUUAAAAAAAAUAUGUAUUUUUUCUUUGACUCUUUCUUUUUAUGGGGUGUGGUUGGGGGUCUGACUUCAGCCACUAAUAUCCCUAAGUCCAAGAAACAUUCCUUAGGCAAGAAGUCUGGACAGACACUCAGAGCACUUUUAACCACAAAUUCAUCUUCAGUGAUUUAUAUUUUAUCAUUGCUUUGUUAAAGUUUUACCAAACUAGUCUACAAUGAGGUUUGGACAUGGGACUGUUAACUGUAAAAUGAGACAGAGGAAUGAAGGCAGAGAGGAUUACAACACAAUUGUUGUAGAGCAGUGACAACAUGAACACUGCUCCUCUCAGCUCACUCUGCCUGUUACAGGAAUGCAUCGCUUGUAAUUUAGGUGAUGGAAUAUUUGCACAGCAGGAAGAACAUGGUUGGUUUUGAAUAUUUGGGGGGGAAAAGCACACUUUUGCAAAAAUUUUCUCUUCAGCAGAACAAAAAGUAAAAACACGUUAUUUACUUUCCUUUUUUAUUUCUUUUUUUUUUUUGUUUCCACAUUAUAUGCACGCUUUGAUAAGAGCCACAUCUGUAUGACAAUAGUUGAUGGUGCUCAUGGGAACUGCAGUCCUUAUCUCAGACAAACACUAUUGAUUUUGCCCAAAGGGAUCUGCAGAGCAAACACUACAUGAAAAUGCUUCUCAAAGUGCCUUUACUACACUGUUGGCUUUGGUUUGGAGCAGCUUGCACAGCUUGUGUAUAAUGACAUAACACAAGUAAAUAUGAUAAAAAAAUAAACUAUAUGUAUAUCUACUAUCAAAUAAACUAAGAUCUUAGUUAGAUCAAAGUUUAAUUGAUCAUUAAGAAAACAGUACAUAACUUAAAACAUGAUGAAAGAAUCAGGAAUGGAAGACUGAAGGUAAAAAAGAUUAAGAGAAAUGUUUUAUGAAAUAAAAGAGUAAAAAAAUGUAUUUUGCACUUUGGCCAAUGAGUUCAUUAUUAACAGCUUAAUGUGAGCUGUGAGACAAAUGUCACUUCAGUGGAUGUAAAACAAGAAGGCGGUGUGCAGCUUUCCUGUCACAGCACACACAUUACAGGAUUGGAUCAUGAAUGAAAAUAUUGUCUCCUUCUUGUUUUCUUCUUCUAAAUCUGUGCAUGCAGAAGCUGUUAGUGUCCCACUCCUACAAGACCCUGAUAACCUUUGGAGGCUGCAGACAGGAUUUCAUGCUGGUGGUGGGACAGAGCAUCGGAACUAACACCAGCAAAGACAAACCGACAGAGAAACAUCUGUUUGCCAUGGACGCCUCCAAGGUGAGACAGAGAGAGAGAGAGACUAUGACUCCACAGAGACAGCCUCCCUUGUUUUUUAUCUAAAGCCUCUCAUCCUCACUGUGACUUCUUGUAUAUUUUUUCUGGGCAACAGAUCCGGGAGAUCACCCUCCUCAUCUCCAGUUACAUCAACAGCGCUCACCAGCAGAAGGCCGCAGCCCACCACCUCUCAGCCCCCGCUCUGAUGGUCGCUCAGCCCAUCAGCCUGAAGAGCAAAGAGCUGAGGAGCAAAUCCCCCCCGGCACUGGGACGCCCCAGCAAGGCCCCCACUCUGCUGUGAUGGGACAUCAACAUCACUAACCUCACUGGAAAAGUUAAAAAUGGCUGCAGGUGGUUCAAUCUAGCGAUAUCACAGCCACAUUCAGAUGUGUCUGAUUGAGUCGGAACUUAUUUGUUGUGUUUACUUUUUUGUGUGUAAUUUUGGGCUUUUGUGCCUUUAUUUAGAAAAGUUGAU